AUGGCGGCGUCUUCCGUCUCGAUGAGCAACGUUGCAGAUGGCGCUAUUUUAAUGGAGAUUCCUGGGUGGGAAGCCAAUGCAAAUGGCUAUCUCCUUAGCAUGGAGGCGGAAGCGGCGACACGAAGUGCUUCGCAGGGCACGAACCCGCCGCAAUUUAUCUUUCGCUUUUGCCUCCGAACGAUCUCUCCUUCCACCCGCGCUGUCGACAGCGCUGCCUACUUCACCAUCAACCAGCCCUAUCAGAACAUCCUCUAUGGUGCCGCUUGGGAAGAGGAGACGCGGUGGAUGCUCUGUCACGUGGCGGCGAAUCACGUGCGCACUGCUGAUGAUCUUGCCCUUCUUAUAUUAGCUUUUCGUAGAUACACCCAAGCUGUGUUUGAUCGUUUUCCAAUCAUGGACUUAUCCAUGAUUGAGUUCUUCUCCGUGAUUGAGAUUCCUCCUGCUGUUCCUUCCACUUCUACUGGCCGCCUUCACUACUUUGUGCCACUGGAGACACGACAAUAUUUUUUCGAGGACGACGAACCCGUCAGAGGGCCGACGCCGGCGCCUGCAGCUGCGGUGGAGGGACUCCAAAUGAAGAAGAUCACAGAAGAGCCUGGCGUAUGCUCAAUCUGUCUGGAAGAAUUCAACCGAACGACUCAUGUUUUGGAGAUGCCGUGUCGUCAUAUAUUUCACAAGGAGUGUCUGAAGGAGUGGCUGGCUCGAAGUAAUACCUGUCCACUCUGCAGGUUCGCACUCACUGAUGGCGCAGAUCUAGCAGCUACUCGAUCGAUCUAA